CAAGACGACGUAUGACAUCAUGUACCGGCGGUGUCCACACUUUCAAUUGUGGCUUGGAAAUUGUAAGACCAGCAAACGGUGGUUAUGUUGCUCUGAACAUAUUAUCGCGCUUUUGCAAUACCACGACUUGCUUGGGUUCAUACACAUAUUUGAUCAAUAAAUUCACGAACGAGGUCCACUUUAAACGGUACACGAACCUUGCUGAAAUAAAGUGUGAAUUGGAAAGAACACCGGCGCACGAAACAUACGAUUCUGACUUCGAUGAGUGCCUUAAUUUACGCUAUGCAAUACCAAGUGAUUUACCCGUAAAAUUCAACGUAUCCGUGGUAAAGAACUUAAACAAGCACAUUGACAUAUCAGUGUACGACGAUGGUAAAUACGAUUACUACGAACUUGAUAUGAGAGGUAAAGCAUACUAUACAGACGUCCGAAGUGACAUGAAUCCGAGCCGAACUUUUGAAGAGCACUUAAAAUGCGAUGCACAACAUCCGCUUGGACCAUGCACCUAUGAAUUCCAUCCAUCAUUCGGUUGUGGCUACGAAGUAAUUAAGAACGAAGCUGACGUAGCCAUAUAUGUUUAUGCCGACGACGAUACCACAUUCGAGUAUAAUGUCGAUAGAAGCAGUGGAAAGACUUUCUUCUAUCAAUAUGAAGGAUCUUUUAGGCAUUGUAAUUUUUGAUCAACUUUGGAUUGAGGACAGAUAACGCGAAUGCUUCAG